AUGGAGUUGUGUCGGUGGCUGCCCAUAUGGGUGUGGAUGUGUAUGGCUCAGCUGGGGACCAUAGACACAGCACCCAGAGGGGAUGACACCCAAGCCUCGGGACUAAGAGCCAGCUCCCAGCUGUUGGUAGACAGACCUGAUUUCUUUGAUUACUCAGACUCAGACCAAGCUAGCAUUCUUGCUGUGGCCCAGUUUAUUGGAGAGAAGCCAGUGACCUUUGUUAAGACAGGUUCUGGGUUCUUCCAGCACAUCCUGGUGGGUGCGUUGUUGGUGGCGUUCUUCUUCCUGCUUUUCCAGUUCUUUGUGCACACGAGCUUCCAGAAAGGGGCCUAA